AUGACGAAACCGCGUUAUAAUGGCGUGUUGUUUGAUGAUGAUGAUUCGUUACCAUCGGAAUCUGCUACGAGGAAAGCACCUUCGCAAGGGAGAAAAGCAACAUCAUCUAGAGAAUCAAGAGAUUCUUCGAAGGAUCGUCUACUGAUACUUCCCUCUAUGGGGGAAUCGUAUACUGAAUACGUUGACUCUUAUUUAAACUUAGAAUUAUUGGAAAGGGGUGAAAGAGAAACACCGAUUUUCCUUGAAUCUUUGACAAGACAACUCACCCAAAAAAUAUACGAACUAAUAAAAACAAAAUCUCUAACUGCAGAUACUCUUCAACAAAUCAGCGAUAAAUACGAUGGUGUAGUGGCAGAAAAUAAGUUGCUGUUCCUACAGAGACAAUAUUAUGUUGAUGAUGAGGGAAACGUCAGAGAUGGACGAAAUAACGAUAAAAUAUACUGUGAACCGAACCAUAUUUACGACAUGGUAAUGGCAACGCACUUAAUAAAUAAGCACCUUAGAGGUAAAACACUACACUCUUUUUUAUUUUCUUAUUUUGCCAAUAUUAGCCAUGCUAUCAUCGAUUGGGUCCAGCAAUUUUGUUCAAAAUGCAAUAAAAAAGGGAAGAUUAAGCCAUUGAAAGAAUAUAAACGUCCUGACAUGUAUGACAAAUUACUACCAAUGGAAAGGAUUCAUAUUGAGGUAUUUGAACCUUUUAGUGGAGAAACCAUUGAAGGGAAAUACUCAUAUGUAUUAUUGUGCAGAGACUAUCGUUCAAGUUUUAUGUGGUUAUUACCACUAAAGAGUACAAAAUUUAAACAUCUAAUCCCUGUCAUUUCUUCGCUUUUCCUAUCUUUCGCUAGAGUUCCAAUUUUUGUCACAUCAAGCACCCUAGAUAAAGAUGAUCUUUAUGAUAUUUGUGAAGAAAUAGCAUCGAAAUACGGUCUUCGUAUUGGCUUAGGCUUAAAAAGUUCGGCAAGAUUCCAUACAGGUGGUAUACUGUGUAUUCACUAUGCUUUAAAUAGCUAUAAAGAAGAAUGUUUAGCCGAUUGGGGUAAAUGCUUAAGAUAUGGCCCUUACAGGUUUAAUCGAAGAAGAAACAAGAGAACAAAGCGUAAACCUGCGCAGGUAUUACUUAGUGAAAUUCCGGGACACAAUGCCAAAUUUGAGACUAAGAGAGAAAGGGUUAUAGAAAACACAUAUUCCCGUAACAUGUUCAAGACGGCAGGCGGGAAAGGUCUUAUAUAUCUGGAAGAUGUGAAUACCUUUGCGCUAGCAAAUAAAGCAGACAACAGUUAUAAUAAUGGAAGCUCUCAUAAUAAUGAUGUAGACAAUGAUAACUUUGAAGAAGAGGUACAAAAACAAUUCGAUUUAACUGAACAAAAUUACAUAGACGAAUACGAUGAUUUGGCUCAUGAAUCAUCAGAGGGCGAAUUUGGACCUAGCACUCUAACCCCCGAAGAAAAGAAUACUCGUAUUGAUGAGGAGGAACGAAUAGGUUCAGCCAGUGGGGUUGCACAACUCAAUGAAAACACGAGGCAAGAAAUAGGAGAGCUUGAAAAAAAGCAUCAAAAAGAUGCAGAUGCUACGCCGCAAACAGAGCCAGAAGUAGAUCAAAGUUUAGAAAUAGCAAAACCAGAGACGUCUUAUUUUCAAACUAUGGAAUCACCGUCGACCAAAAGGCAAAAGUUAGAUCAGCAGAAUCAUGGGGAUGUAACAAGAGACUUUGGUAUGUCAAUGGAAUUGUAA